GCUUAGAACACCACAAUGUUCGCUGCAAGAAUGAACCAUUGAUUGAGUCAGGUCAGUGGGUCGGUCACGUCGGUCACACCUCUAUCCUCUGUUUAUCUGACUGCACUAUCUGUGCGGCAAUCCGGGAAAACAGCCCCUGCAGGUCCCUCCGCCGCAUCGAGUCUAUCGCAUCGAUGUUGCUCGGACGCUCACCCUGCACACAUCCAUCCAUCCAUCCGUACAUCCACUCACAGAAAGAACUGCCCACGUUGUGCACCCACCCGUACCUCUGGUAGGACAUCGGCGUUGAGUCGGAUGAGCCGCCGCAGCUCGCCGUCCGUGAGCGCCCCGUCGGGUGAGCUGGGCUCCAGCAGACGUGCAGAGGAGGCUGGGCGAUCCCCUGCUCCUCCUCCCCGCCGUCUCCUCUGCGUCACUGGGUGGUCUUCCUCUGGCGGCAUGUCUUCGUCGACUGACACCCAACCGUCGCUCGCUGAGUCGUCCUCGUUGGAUGAAGGAGCAGUGUCUUGCUCAGCCGCGACAGCUGACCACACCACACCACACAGACGUCCACAUAUACAUUAUGACGUUGGGAGCAGUGCGUGUGUGUCGAUCGAUGACGGCUCACGUUCUUGCGGGAUGGGAACCGGAGUCUUCUUCUCCUGUGGCUGCGGUGGCUCCUCUUCUGGUUCUUCGUUGCCGUCGUCUGCCUCUGGCUCAUACUGACCUAUACAUGCGUCGGAUAUCGCCCGCCACAAUAGCGGCCUGCAUGCCAUGCACAGACAACCACGCAGCCCUGUCUUUGUUCGUACGGCGGGGGUGCAUGGUGUGGUGUUGUGCCCACCCAUUCUCCCCCGUCAUUGAUGAGAACGGAACUGGUUGCCAUGAGGGCAGUUGCAGCUCUUCGCGCAGUCUGGCGAGGUUGGCGUCACGCUCAGAGGCUUUGAGUCUGUCCACCUUGGUCGCCGCUACCAAGUAGGGCACAUCCAUGCUCCUGCACACACAUAAACACAGACACACAGAGAUAGACCAGACCAACACAAAGAUGAAGGUGGGUGAGGACAGGGACACCUAUUACCUGAGGUUGGCCAGGACGUCCGCAUCGACUUCCUGUGCGGGGAGCCGGGAGUCGACCAGCAACAGGAACAGACGAAGCUCCGCGCGUUUACGCAAAUACGCCCUGCACAGGCAGGCAGGAGAAUGGGAGCACAAUGCAGUUCACCGCAUCGCAUCUAUGUGCUCAUCCGUCGCCGUGUAGCUCACAGGAGGAAGCUUCGAAUCUUCUUAGUGUCCUCCUUGCUGAUGCUCCUCGUGUAGCCAUAGCCAGGAAGAUCAACCAACACCACCAGACCCCUUUUCCUGACCAGUAAACGGUCAAAUGCGGCCUCUCUAUCUCUCUCUCUCUCUCUCUGCCCAUGCCCCCAUCCGGCCCUCUCGUGCGGCUGUGUAUUGGGCAGGUUGGCUGUUCGAACUGACCUUCGGUCGCUGAGUCUGAAGAGGUUGAUCUGCUGCGUCCUGCCGGGGGUUUUGGAUAUCCUCACCUCCGCCCUCUCAGACGCACGCGACUGCACACCACACGCAACAACACAAACACAGAGCCGGCAGCACAUGUGUGCGAGAGCCCACCGCCCCCCUUCCCACCCACCUGGAGUGAGUUGAGCAUGCUCGACUUGCCCACAUUGGACCUGCCCAGGAAGGCCACCUCGGGCAGCCCGGUGGCAGGCAAGUCACGGCUGUCCUCGUAGCCGCCGAUGAACGACACGGCGCCCACGUCCUCCCUCUCGAACGGCCGCACCUCCACAGCAGACGAGCCGCCAGACACCUCCACCGCCUCGAUGAAUUGUAGGCCUUUGGGAACAGCCUUGGCUGAGGGAGAUGAUGCUUCGGGAGUGUCAUGGGGAGAGGUGGAUGCGUCUGUGGCUGAGGAUUGCUUGCGCUGUCUUGCGAGGCGACGCUGGCGGCUUUGCUGCAGCCAAAGAUCCCAUCCAGACACACAGACAGGCAGGCAGAUGUGCAAACGUGAGUCCAUCCAUCAGUGCAUGUUGGUGUGCGUACCUCCUUGGCUCGUUUUUCUGCCUCCUGCUGCCUGCUCUGCCCCCGGGCAGUCUUCCGCGCCACCUUGGCCUUGUACUUCUUGAUCAGCUUCGACUCGUGACGCUCGGACGCCUUGCUGCGGGCCGGCAUCACUGUCAGCCUGUCCACCGGUGUCAUUGGCUGACGCAUGCCGAAGGGUCUGCCGUGCACGAGGGUGAAGGCAUGGGCGCGAUGAAUCAUGGCGUCGAUGAAGCACAGUACGGUCAAGAGAGCGUUCCAAACGCUGUGGAAGCACUUAACUUUCAUUGGAUCUUUGACAGCGCCUCUCCAGACCUUCCUCUGCGGUCCAGGAGGUGGAGGGCUGGGCAU